CGACGCCGGCCUGGGCGACCAUUGCCUCGGCCUGCCCGGGCCCGUCUCCCUCGCCUGGGUGUCGGACGGCUCCCAGGCCUUCGGCCACGUGCCGCGCGAGGCCGUCCAGCGCAUCGCCGACCUCCUCCCCGUGCGCGUCAUGGACUAUUGCGUCGACCGCUUCUUCGACCGUCUGAACCCCACAAUCCCCAUCCUGACGCCAGAGUACGUCGCCCACCUCAAGGUUGUCGCGGGGCCCUCCGAGCCCGGCAUCGAGGCCCACUGCCUCCUGACCGCCCUCUGCGCCCUGGUUCUGCUCCAGGUCGAGGAGCCCGAGAGCCUGUGGCAGCGGGGGCUGAUCCCGGAGAAGAACGCCGUGCACGGCCGCAUGCUGUUCGAGGAGGCCCUCGCGGCCCACCGCAACUUUGCGCGCCGGUCGAACCCGAGCUUCGAGCAGUGCCUCCUCACCUUUUUCCUGUACGCCUGCCACUCGGCCCUCUUCCACCACAGCCAGGCCUUUCUGUUCCUGAGGGAGGCCACGACGCUGUUCCUGCUGCUGCGGCUCAACACCGAGGCCGCGCCGCGCGGGCUGGCCGACCGGCUCUUCUGGGUGCUCCUCGUGUCGGAACGGUCGCACGGGAUCCGGUACCGGCGGCCCGUGACGCUGCAGAUCACGGCCGAGUCGCCGGCCAUGGACGAUGACGACCCGGCGCUGUCCGGCUUCUGGAGCCUGGCGGCGCUGUUCAGCCCGCUCGACACGUCCUUCAUCGCGCUGCUGAACCAGGAAAAGGUGGCAACGCUGCCGUCCAACGUGGCGCUGACGCACGUCGAGACGGCCGUCAACGCGGCGCUGCGGUCGACCUCGGACCUCAAGGACACGCAGAAGGCGAACCUGCGCGUGACGCAGCUGUGGCUGCGCAUCAUCCUGUGGCAGCUCCGCCUGCGCUUCGGCUACCUGGCCGAGGAGUCGGCCCACGCGAGCAUGACAUACCACUACCCGCUCGAGGUCGCCAAAGACCUCGUCCUGUCGACGCGGGACCUGCCCGUCGACAGCAUCAGGGUCCACGGCGUCGGGCUCACCGAGAAGCUCUUCGACAUCGCCUCGGCCGCCGUCGACGUCCUCGCCCGCGUGCCCAUCACGCCGUCGAGCCCGCACAGUAGUAGCGUCGGCGCCGCCGGCCCGGGCGAGGACCUCGACUACAUGCGGCGCCUCAUCGCGCGGCUCCCGGGCGGUAACUCUAUCUACGACGGCCUUCUGAACAAGCACAUACAGCAGGCCGUCCCAAGCAUGGCCAUCGUGGGCGAGUGGGCGCCACGUCACCCUACAUGAGCGCGGAUCAUCGGCACAGGCGGCAAUACAGACAAAAAAACGGAGAACUAGAAGAAAGAAACAGCGAAUAUCAAAAAGAUCUUGGGACCGAGGGCGCGGUUGUUCAAUAUGCAUAACUGAUGCGAUUUUACGCUGGUACCCUAUCUAGUGGUAUAAUAACGACACCAAAUGCUCCUUUUUUUUUUCCUUUUUUUUUUUUUUUCUUUUUUU